AUGUUGGGACCUCAGACACUAUCCCGAGACCCUUUGCAGCAGAGCAGGCCCCUGGCCAAGCGGUGUCGUCUGCAGCCUAGAGAUGCUGCCAGGUUACCUGAGAGCGCCUGGAAGCUCCUUUUCUACUUGGGCUGUUGGAGCUAUUGUGCCUACCUGCUCCUGGGUACCCGUUACCCUUUCUUCCACGACCCACCCUCCGUCUUCUAUGACUGGAGGUCCGGCAUGGCGGUGCCCUGGGACAUAGCCGCUGCCUACCUACUGCAGGGGAGCUUCUACUGCCAUUCCAUCUAUGCCACCGUGUACAUGGACACCUGGCGCAAGGACUCUGUGGUCAUGCUGGUGCAUCAUGUGGUCACCCUGGUCCUCAUCGCCUCUUCCUAUGCCUUCCGGUACCACAAUGUAGGCCUCCUGGUCUUCUUCCUGCAUGAUGUUAGCGAUGUACAACUGGAGUUCACCAAGCUCAACAUCUAUUUCAAGGCCAGGGGUGGCACCUACCACCGCUUGCAUGGGCUGGUGGCCAACCUGGGCUGCCUUAGCUUCUGCUUCUGCUGGUUCUGGUUCCGCCUCUACUGGUUCCCGCUGAAAGUUCUGUAUGCCACAUGCCACUCCAGCCUGCGGUCGGUGCCCGACAUUCCGUACUAUUUCUUCUUCAACACACUGUUGCUGAUCCUCACAGUCAUGAACAUCUAUUGGUUCCUGUACAUCGUGGCUUUUGCAGCCAAGGUGCUAACUGGCCAGAUGCGUGAACUUGAGGACUUGAGGGAAUACGACACUCUGGAAGCUCAGACCACCAAGCCCUGCAAAGCUGAGAAGCCGUUGCGGAAUGGCCUGGUGAAGGACAAGCUCUUCUGAGUCCCUGUCCUCAAGGCCGCCAUCCAGGACUCCCUCCCUUACUACCUGGGAGACUGGCCCCGCCCCUGAGGACUCCGCCCCGUCCCUGGAGGUCUGCUCCCACCCCUGGGUACCUGGCCCCGCCUUAGGGGGCAUGGCCUCGCCCACAGGACGACCGCCCGGCUCUAAGAAGCAGGAUGCGACUCUUCUUCAGGGACCGCGGCUGCCAGCAGCUCCGCCCUCCAGGUCAACUCUAGACCACCCACCUUGGGACCGACGUCCAGGCGCCCUGCCCUCCAGAUCAGUGGGGCUCGGACACGCCCCCUCUAAGAACUCAAAGCCCCCGGACCUGCGGCCCCCAGCCCACUGGUCCCCGACGCAGUGGACCCCGCUGACUCUCUCGGACACUGUCUGGGAGGAAAAUGCUCCCUGUCCACCGCCCCCCAGCCGGCCACCUCUUUCUGCUCCUGCUCC